UGGCGCACGGUUACAUCACAUUAACAGACACAGCUGUACCUGUAUGCAAGAAAAGUAGGCCCAUAUGAGUUGUGUGGGUCCCUGCUGCCUUGCCGAGUUCUCUAGUAAAACUGCCGAACUCUCUCUACUCUAGUAAAGUUAAAGUAUUAUGAACUUAUCAAAUGAGAGUAAUUUUAAUUAUAUUUUAGGUUAUCUUUAAUACAUAGUCAAGGUGGUGGAAUUAAAUUUUAAUGACGAGCAUUUAAGAGACUAAGCAGAAAGCUGGAUUCAUUCUGAAUAUUUACACCAAUGUGAGAACAGCUUUUCUGGGAGCUCUCAUGAUGUUUCUGUUGGUGGUGGCCAUCUGUCUUCUGCUGAGCUCUUUUCAAGCCCAGAGUCGUUAUAUUGAGGACAUCUUUGAAAAGAGCUCUGAAGAGAUUGAUAACAACAGUGGACAAAAUGAUAUAUCAGUGACAGCUGUAAUUGAAAGGACCAACAGACAUGCAGGACAGGGACUGAAUGAGCCCUCAAUCAUGUUUGGAGACAUCGCUGUAGCAGCAGGCUUAGAAAUUGCUGGUCCAUGCACAGCUCGUGGGUGCAAAUGGCAAAGAAGCAAAAACGGACAAGUCCUUGUGCCCUAUGUCAUCUCUGAUGAAUACUCCUCCCGGGAGAAGGAUGUAAUUUUUCAAGGCUUGAGAUCUUUUGAAAAAUCGACCUGCAUUCGCUUCAUGCCUCGCACAAAUCAGAGGGACUAUAUCAACAUAGAGUCUAAUUCAGGGUGCUACUCUUUUGUUGGCCGUCGCAUCGGAGGUCAGACUGUGUCUCUGGACCGUGCUGGAUGCAUCUCCCUGAAUAUAGUGCAGCAUGAGCUGCUUCACACACUGGGCUUUCACCAUGAACACAACCGCAGUGAUCGUGACAAUCAUGUCCAAAUCCUUUUUAAAAACAUCUUUCCUGGGCAGGAGCAAAACUUUGACAAAAUCAAGACUAACAACCUGGAGACUGCCUAUGACUACAACUCUGUAAUGCACUAUGGAAGGUUUGCCUUCUCCAAGAACAGAGAGCCAACCAUCAUCCCUAUUCCUGACAGUAGCGUGUCUAUUGGCCGAGCUGAGAAGAUGAGUUCAAAUGAUAUUCUGCGUGUUAACAGACUCUACUGCAGUUAAGAAAAGUGCUGAUGGGCUGUAUGAAGAAUGUGUUUGUUCAUCCUUUUUUUCCUAGCAUUCUUUUUUAAGCUUUCCUUUUUGCACAUCACAGUGUCAAGUGAUUUUACUUGUUCUAUUAUUAUGCAUCCUAAAAUCAGAUGCCUCUCAGAACAUAAAAGAUAAUAAGAUAAUGAUAUUAAUGAUAAUAAAAGAUAAUAAUGUUCCAGUAUCAGAUGCUUGUGACAAAUCAACAAAAGGAGCAAAAUGUUCUUUAGAACGAGAUGUUGCUUAAAAAACAAAAACAAAAAAAAAAAAAACACACACCCAUAUGAUUGAUGGCUUCUGUGGCAGGAUUAGUUUUUAUAACAGCUUGUCUUUUUUCCUUGUUUUGGCAAUCCUUUUUCAGUAGUAAAGCUGAUGAAUGCAAUAAA